ACAACCGAUAAUGACUGAUGACACCGAUUAUCCUUUUGUUGGCCGAUUUUCACCAAAAGGCGAUAUAACUUUGACGGCAUACAAUGGUACAGAAAUCAAAGAAGGAAAAGCGGCACCAGGACCAACUUUCGUUUAUCUUCGUAUAAACAUCACAGAUCCUACAUUUGAUCUUGCUGUUUUGAUAACGAUAAUCGAUAUUAAUAUGGCAAUAAAUGAAUACCGAUAUGUAGAAAGUGAAAGUGGCACGAAGCGUCCAUCUCCAUUUGAAGAAUCACUUUUCUAUUUGAAUAAAUAUACUUUAUCAGGAGGUUUUUUCUAUAAGUUAGGGUUCUCUAGAAAAAUCAGAAAAACAUUUGCUCAAGAAUAUUUAUCUUACAUUGGUCUCCCACAAACAUACCAUAAAAUACCUUACAUUGAAUCAGGAAUGCAGAGUGUCCCGAUGGCAUCUCUAAACACAACUAAUCUAAUUGUACGUAUUAGUCCACGAAGCUUUAUUAUAGAAGAAGAACAAGAGCAAAGGACCCUUACUAUUUUAGGCACACUAGGAACUAUUGCUGCUUAUUAUAGUUCUAUUGCGUUUAUUUAUGUAUUUUUAUUUGGAGUUGACUCAAUGACACCAUGGGGU